AUGGGCAGAAAACUACCAUGGAAGACUUCCUCGACUGCUUCGGGCCCUGAAAGGAAAACUCCAGUGAAGUUGGACAGUCCACUACCCACACCAUCACGAGCGCCCUGUCCAGGCACAGCCUCAGCUUCCCGUAAGAAACCGCGUCGCGAGCGCGUGAUAGAGGCAGAAGGUAUUCCAGACUCAACACUUUCAUCAAAACCGCAAAGAAACCGACAAUAUCAUGCAGAUGCCACACGCAGUCCUUCAACCUCGCCUCCACCAGAGCCACCUAAAGAAAGAUUCAUGAGACCAGGUCUCGACCACGAUGACAGAUAUCGCAUAGUGGAAGACGAGUUCGUCAACAUGGCUCACCAAUUCACACUUCACAUUCAUACUUCUGAAUACAACCGUUUGAAGAAUUUGGCUAAACACCAAAACGCAGACACAAUCCGUGAAAUUGAAAGGCCUGAAAUCGGCGCGCCAACCCUUCUUACAAGACAUCGCCAGGAGGACGUUCGCCGCAAAGCCAAACAACGCAAGCUCUUAGGUACUGACGCAAAUGAGAAGAAGGACUCCCCUUACGUAGGGUCAAGUCUGCAAGGUCUCAUGGAGAGUCCCAGAAAGGAGCACAAGUGGAUAUCAACAGGUCUAGCUGAUACCGCAGCAACGAGAGCUUCAGCGGGUUUCAAUUCACAGAAGAUUAGUCCGCUACGAUUAAAGCAAGGGUCCAAUUCAUCUUCAGCAAAGAAGAGGCAGAUGCCUUUGGGCGAUGACGAUGAGACUGACGAUGGAAAUGACUUGGAUCUGGCUACGCCUUCGCGCACUGCAGCUACAAAGGCAGCACGGACGACCCAUACAUCCAGUCCAGUAAUGCCACGAUCAACUCCACGGACGGCGUUUAGUACUCCUCGCACACUGAAGUCAGCUAUGAGCACAACUUCGAGGCCGGGCUCUAGCGUUAAGCGACCAACAACAGUACCUGGGGGGAGCGAAGCACGUAAGGUAACCAAAAGCCGAGACAUUGAAGAAGACAUCGAUGACGACGAUCCUUUUGGGAUCAACAAACGAAGACUUCAGCGUCAGAAGUCAAGGGAACAGUUCCGCAGAACCGAAGAGAAAACACCUUCUAAACCAUCACUCGACGAUAUUCCUUCAUUCAUCUGA